UAGUACCGACAAUUCCUCGAGUUUCGCGACAAGCUGCCCAUUGCAGCGAUGCGAUCCGAAAUUUUAAGCGCUAUUAAUGACAACCCAGUGGUUAUCAUUCGGGGAAACACUGGGUGCGGAAAGACUACCCAGAUAGCCCAAUACAUUCUUGAUGACUACAUCUGCUCCGGGCAGGGCGGGUACGCUAAUAUUUAUGUGACCCAGCCUCGUCGCAUUUCAGCCAUUUCUGUUGCCGAGCGCGUAGCCCGCGAGCGGUGCGAACAAUUGGGCGACACUGUAGGCUACUCGGUGCGAUUUGAGUCUGUGUUUCCACGUCCCUACGGCGCAAUCCUCUUCUGCACCGUGGGCGUGUUGCUACGCAAGCUAGAGGCUGGCUUACGAGGAGUGUCGCAUAUUAUUGUGGACGAAAUCCACGAGAGAGACGUAAACAGCGACUUUUUGCUGGUCAUCCUUCGCGACAUGGUUGACACUUAUCCGGACUUGCAUGUUAUUCUUAUGUCGGCCACUAUUGAUACAACACUUUUUUCCAAGUAUUUCGGCUGCUGUCCCGUAUUGGAGGUACCCGGAAGAGCAUUCCCCGUGCAGCAAUUUUUCUUGGAGGACAUUCUUCAGAUGACAGACUUUGUACCGUCGGUGGAGUCGCGACGAAAGCGCAAGGAGGUGGAGGAAGAGGAGCAAUUGCAGCUUUCUGAGAACAAAGAAGAGGCGGAUACCAACUUUAACAAGGUUUGCGAGGACAAGUAUUCACAAAAGACUCGCAAUGCUAUGGCUAUGCUAUCCGAAUCGGACGUUAGCUUCGAGCUGCUGGAAGCAUUACUUAUGCACAUUAAGUCAAAAAGCAUUUCCGGUGCCAUAUUAGUAUUCCUCCCCGGUUGGAACCUGAUCUUUGCGCUUAUGAAGUUUCUGCAAAAUACAAACACUUUCAGUGAUACAUCCCAAUAUCGUAUUUUGCCGUGCCACUCGCAGAUUCCUCGAGACGACCAACGCAAGGUGUUCGAACCUGUUCCAGAAGGCAUCACCAAGAUUAUACUUUCUACCAACAUUGCAGAGACUUCUAUAACGAUUGAUGACAUUGUUUUUGUAAUUGAUAUAUGCAAGGCGCGCAUGAAGCUCUUCACUUCACAUAACAACCUAACCAGCUACGCCACCGUAUGGGCGAGCAAAACCAAUUUGGAGCAGCGCAAAGGCCGAGCUGGACGUGUCCGACCGGGCUUCUGCUUUACACUCUGUUCGCGCGCUCGCUUCGAAGCGCUCGAGGACACUCUUACGCCGGAGAUGUUUCGCACGCCGUUGCACGAGAUGGCUUUGACCAUUAAAUUGCUUAGGCUGGGCGCCAUUCAUCACUUUUUGUCAAAGGCAUUGGAGCCACCUCCGGUAGACGCGGUAAUCGAAGCUGAGGUUUUGCUUCGAGAGAUGCGCUGCCUAGACGCUAACGAUGAGCUUACACCAUUGGGCCGCCUGCUGGCACGCCUUCCAAUCGAACCCAGACUUGGAAAGAUGAUGGUCCUUGGGGCAGUAUUUGGCUGUGCCGAUCUGAUGGCCAUUAUGGCUUCGUAUUCUAGCACCUUCUCAGAGGUGUUCAGUCUUGAUAUUGGCCAACGUCGCCUGGCAAAUCAUCAGAAAGCUUUAAGUGGUAAUAAAUGUUCCGACCACGUGGCAAUGAUCGUAGCCUCACAAAUGUGGCGGCGCGAGAAACAACGCGGUGAGCAGAUGGAAGCUCGUUUCUGUGACUGGAAAGGAUUGCAAAUGAGUACUAUGAACGUAAUCUGGGAUGCCAAGCAGCAGUUACUGGAUCUUCUUCAGCAGGCCGGAUUCCCAGAAGAGUGUAUGAUACCGCACGAGUUAGAUGAAAAGUAUAGUGGUGAUGACCCCGUGCUGGACGUGUCCCUGGCUCUACUAUGCUUGGGUCUCUACCCCAACGUUUGCGUGCACAAGGAAAAGCGUAAAGUGCUGACUACAGAGUCUAAAGCAGCACUACUACACAAAACAUCGGUGAACUGCAGCAACUUAGCAGUUACAUUUCCAUAUCCGUUCUUCGUUUUCGGCGAGAAGAUUCGCACGCGAGCUGUUUCCUGCAAGCAAUUAUCUAUGGUCUCGCCUUUGCAGGUGAUACUAUUUGGAUCGCGCAAGAUUGACUUGACCGCCAACAAUAUGGUGCGCGUUGACAACUGGGUUAAUUUUGAAAUGGAGCCGGAACUUGCGGCCAAAGUUGGGGCCCUUAAGCCGGCCCUGGAGGAUCUUAUCACGGUGGCGUGCGACAACCCUUCCGAAAUACUUCACCUGGAGGAACCCUAUGCAGAGCUGGUCAAAGUUGUCAAAGACCUUUGCGUUAAGAGCGCCGGAGACUUCGGACUGCAGCGUGACUCAGGAAUUCUUCCGCACCAAUCACGCCAGUUCAGUGCCAGCGGAGGACCGGCCAAACGAGGUCGCUUUGAUGGCGCCGGAGGUGGUACGGGACGCUACAGUAACAGAGGCUCCCGCAGCUAUGACCACCACGGAAACAGCAGAAACUUUGGAGAAGGAGGAUAUGGAAAUAAUGGAGGAGGAUAUGGAAAUAUUGGAGGAGGUUAUGGAAACAAUAGCGGAGGAUAUGGGAACAAUAGAGGAGGAUAUGGAAACAAUCGAGGAGGGUAUGGAAACAACGGUGGUCAAUUCGGAAACUCAUUUGAAAGCAAUAGAGGAUCAGGCGGCGGCCUUGGAAAUUGCGAUCAAAGCGGCAGCUGGGGACACUUUUAACGGGUAUAUUAAAAACUGUAUUGGUCUUUUCAUACACAAGAGAAAUAAGUUUAUCGUUAACACGGUACUAUUUGUAUUUGGAUGAGCUAAUUGAGUGUACAAAUAAAAGACACAUUAAAAAGUUG